CGCGAUAUCGGAUACACAUUCACUGUGAACACUCAACAAUGCACUUGGUAGUUAUUCACGGUUAUAUUUUGAGUGGAACGGGCUCAAACAUUUAUACAACAAACGUAGCGAAAACAUGGAAAAAGCAAGGGCACGCCGUGACAGUAGUUUGCCAAGAUCCAUUUGCUGACAAACUAGAAUUUGUGGAUGAGUUUUAUACUGGCACUGAUGCAAUCCCAUCUUUUCCGCCUAAAGAAGGGACUAUAAGGGUAGUAGUUCCCGAUAUCCAUGGGCUUCUUCUUGUCUACAGCUACGAUAAGUACCCUGGCUAUGAGGUGAAAACGAUGAAUCAGUGUACAAUUGAAGAAAUCGAUGCGCACAUCAAAGCAACCAGCGAAGGAUUACGCAGGGUAGUCAACCAAGGAGUUGAUAUGAUACUUACCAACCAUAUUAUACUCUCGCCAGUUAUCGCAAGUAGAGCAACAAAGGACACCAAGGUCCCUUAUGUUUGCAAGCUGCAUGGUAGUGCAAUGAUAUUUUCCGUAAAGACGAGAACUAAUGAACUAAAACCGUAUGUUUUGGAAGGUUUACGCGACUGCAAAAGGGUCAUUGCUGGUACCAACCACGUAGAGGAAAUGGCUUUGGAAAUACUGCAGGAGGAGAGAGAAGAAAUGAAAUUGAAAGAGAAAAUGGUGAUUAUCCCACCGGGAUUAGACCCCGACGUGUUUCAAAGCGGAGGGGAAUUGCAUGAGAAACAGGAGGCCUUCCUUGCGAGUGUUAAGGCAUUUAUAGAUAGAAACCCAAAUGGACGAAAAGACUCGGCCAUUCUUCAUUUACCUAUUAACUCCCAAGAUAUGCAUGCAAGUCUUGUGGAGGCUGCACACUCGUACGAUCAACGAGCGAUCGACGCAGAUUUGAUAGAGCGAUGGGUYCCCUUUGAAGAAGGACAACCGAUCAUUUGUUACUUUGGCAACUUUUUGGAUACAAAGGGGGUUGGAGAGCUGUUAACCGCUUUCCCAUCCAUUUUGGAUCGGGUACCGGAAGCAAGGCUGUUGUUAAUCGGCUUUGGACGAUAUCGUGAGCAUUUAGAGGGAAUGCUGCGCUCACUGAGAGAGGGAAAUGUUGAAGCUUUCAAGGCCUAUGCGAAUGCUGGCAAAUUUGUAGACCUCCCCGAUGAUCUCGACCGCUACUUUCGACAACUCCGUCCCGUAGAACAAAAUCGCGUAACCAUCACGGGUUACCAACAGCAUGCGCAGCUUAAAGAAAUCCUACCGUUAGCCAGCUUGUCCAUUGUUGGUGCCAAGGCAACUGAGGCCUUUGGUAUGGUUACAGUGGAAGCAAUGUCUGCUGGUGUGCUUCCUCUUUGCCACAACCAUUCCGGCCUAGCGGAAGUCCUCGAUGUUGUACGCGAAGAAGAUCCUGAUAUGGAGAAGCGAAUGAGACUGGAUGCUCGCCCUGGUGGGUCACGUGGUACAGCAGACGGAGCGUUUCUCAUUCAACAUCUUCCCGAAAAAGUCCAUGCUGCAUUGAAGUUUCUUUAUCCGAAAGGUUUUCACGAUUACGAAAAAAGAAGAGAGGUGUCAGCUCGGUUGAGAGAAGUAGCUAUAUCUCAAUUUUCUUGGGGGGAUUUGUGUAAGAAAAUUUCUGAUUUACGGGAAUUGCCCGACAUAGUUUGAUUGGCAGUUUCUGUAACCAGAGAAUUGCGGUUAUCAUAAGGCUG